CGCCCAAAGCGACGUCCUCCGCACCACAACUCCUCGCAAACUCCGGAUAAAACUCAUCAUCCUCCUCCUAAACCUCGCUCGCUCCGUGGCUCCUCAAUCCCCCAUGGAGGCCUCCGCCUCCGCCCCCGACCCCGCCUCCGCGGCGCCCCGCGCGCUCCUCCCCCUGCUCACCUCACCCCCGCGCUUCAUCCACCUCCCCCCCCGCCCAUCCGCCCGCCGCAACGGCCGUGGCUGGAGCGGGGGUCUCCUGCUACGCCCGCCGCCCCUCCGGAGGCAGGACCCGGGCGCCCGCGCCCGCCGCACGACGAGCUGUUGCUGCUUGUCCAGCGGGAGCUCGGCGGACUUGCUGCAGGGCGGCGGCUCGCUGGUCGCCGCCGCGGCGCUCCUCGCCGCAUUGCAGGUGGUGUGGCUGCGGUGUUGCCGCGCGGGGCACGGCGGUUCCCCGGAGGUUUUACUUGAAGAUGACAAAAACUUUGUAAAUAAGGCCCUUGGUACAACAAAAGCAGUAUAUGAAAGUAAUUGUGCACCACAGACAACUCAUGAUAAUGGGUUUUCAGAGCUGUGUGUUUCUGGAAGAAUGAGUGUUGAUGAAAUGCAUUGCAAGGCUCAUAGUUUUUCAUGUGUAAAUACUGUACAUAAGGAAACGCAAGCUUAUUCUGUAAUUACUCCUUGGACAUCACUGGAUACAUCGGUAGAUAUUUCUAGACCAGAAGAAGUUUGUUUCUCAACUCCAACUGCAAAAACAAGUUAUAUCGAAAAGGUUACAAGUGCUCCUGCGAUGCCACAGUCUGUGUCAGAAGGACAAGAUAAAAGCAAGUAUUUCUCGAGCACAGUGGGCUGGGUUGUUGGACUCCCUCAUCAAUUUUUAUCUCUUUCGGGGCAAAAGGAAGUGAUUCAAAAUAGCCAAGGUCAUACUGAUAAGCCAAUGGAUAAAGAGGAUGCUAAUUUAGUUGGAUGCAGUCAGAGUGAUCAAGAGGAACAUCUUGAUUUGACAUCUCUUUCGUCCUUCAAAAGAAUAGCAGAAAAUCAUCGCAAUUUUGUUCCCCAGACCAGCAACAGCAAUUUGUUCGAACCAAGACACGCAAUUGAAUUUGCAAACUCAUAUGCAGGGGGCUCUUAUUUGCCAGCAGGGCAAUUCACUCCUGUUGCAUGCUUAAGGGAAGGUCCUCUUAGUAAACAAAAGAAAUCAGUGAAGGACCACGAUGGGGCAACAGUCAUUGGCUGGAGUAUUUCAAACAUACUAAACAAGGAGAAUCCAGAUAACUUCGCUACUGCAAAUAGAGGUGGAUUGAAUGGCACGAAGGAUAUACUAGAUUACUUGAAGCGAUACAAUAGUUUCCUAAUGGAUGGAAGGUUGAAAGACUGUGUGGAUUUGUUAGAAAUCAUGGAUCAGAAGGGAUUGCUUGAUAUGAAGAAGAUCCACCAUGCCAGCUUUUUUAGUGCGUGUAAGAAGCAAAGGGCUGUCUUGGAAGCUCUUCGCUUUUGCAGAUUGAUUGACAGCCCGAAAAUGAGCACUUUCAAUAUGCUUUUGUCCGUGUGUGCUAAUUCACAUGAUUUUGAUGGAGCACUCCAAGUGAUGGUUCUCCUAAAUGAAGCUGGGCUAAAACCUGAUUGUAAACUUUACACCACAUUGAUAUCAACUUGUGCAAAGUGUGGAAAAGUUGAUGCCAUGUUUGAGGUCUUCCACGAGAUGGUUAGUGCUGGUAUAGAGCCUAAUGUUAACACAUACAGUGCCCUAAUUGAUGGCUGUGGUAGAGCUGGACAAGUGGCCAAAGCAUUUGGUGCUUAUGGGAUCAUGAGUUCAAAGAAGGUGAAGCCAGAUCGAGUUGUCUUCAAUGCUUUGAUCAGUGCAUGCGGUGAAUCCGGAGCGGUGGCUCGGGCUUUUGAUGUUUUAUCAGAAAUGACAGCAGAAUCCUCAGAAUCCAAAGGAACCAAACCAAUUCUCCCUGAUCAUGUCACCGUUGGAGCGCUGAUGAAGACAUGUAUUCAGGCUGGCCAGACUGAUCGAGCUCGUGAGGUAUACAAAAUGCUUCAGGAGUAUGAUAUAAAGGGUACCCCAGAAGUUUACACAAUUGCAUUGAGAAGCUGUAGUUUGACUGCUGAUUUAGGGUUUGCAUUGAAGAUCUAUGAAGAUAUGAACAAGAUUGGAGUAAAACCUGAUGAGAUGUUUUUAAGUGCUCUAGUUGAUGUAGCUGGUCAUGCCAGAAGGGCGGAUGCUGCCUUUGAAAUAAUGAAAGAUGCAAGAGCAAAGGGCAUACAAGUUGGAACCAUGGCAUACAGUUCGUUGAUGGGUGCUUGCUGCAAUGCGAAGGACUGGAAAAAGGCACUGCAGCUAUAUGAGGAGAUUAAGUUGAUUAAGUUGAUCCCAACAGUUUCAACGUUGAAUGCUUUGAUCACCUCGCUGUGUGAUGCUGAUCAAGUUUCGAAGGCUGUUGAUGUGCUUAACGAGAUGAAUAGACUAGGAGUCCAUCCGAAUGAGAUAACAUAUUCUGUCUUACUUGUAGCUUGCGAAAGAAACGGUGAAGCCCAACAUGGUCUGGAUCUAUUUGAACAAUUAAAAAUAGAUGGUAUUCGUCUCAAUCCCACCAUUGUCGGUUGUCUUACCGGUUUAUGCCUACAAAUGUUUGACACUGAUCUUUCACUUGGAAAUAUUAUUGUCAAAUUCAACUUAGGGAAACCACAAAUUGACAGCAAAUGGACCUCCGCAGCAAUUAAGGUCUACCGUGAGGCAAUUUCCACUGGGCUAUUACCAUCAAGUGAUGUUUUAUCUCAAGUGUUGGGAUGUUUGAGGCUUCCUCAUGACAGUUCACUGAAAAACACUUUCAUUGAAAAUAUGGGACUAAGUUGUGAUAUUCCACAGCAUCCCAAUGUAAAUUCACUUUUUGAAGGAUUUGGGGAAUAUGAUAUCCGUGCUUUUUCUAUACUGGAGGUAGAAGCUGCUUCAUUAGGAGCAGUUGAAAGCAUUUCCAUGAAAGAUGCCCGAAUUGUUAUUGAUGCAAGAAAGUCAAAGAUCUACACAGCCGAGGUAUCUCUUCUUACAACAUUGAGGUCUUUGAAGCAUCGGCUCGCUGCAGGUGCAAGGUUACCAAAUGUGACAAUCUUAUUACCCACAGAAAAGAAACAAGUUGACUUUGAUGAAAGAGAGAAAAUGCUUAAACUUGCUGGACGAAUUGGUCAAGCAGUUGGUGCCCUUCUGAGGCGAUUAGGAAUUUCAUAUCAAGGUGAGGAGUCUCAUGGGAGGAUGAGGAUCGAUGGCCUCACCUUAAGAAGGUGGUUCAAUCCAAAAUUGAAGAGCACAUCCUCAACUGCAGCACCCGCUGACUUGCUUCCACUACCGUCGCGAUUAGCGAAAGGGAUAGCUGAUCAGCAACGCGAAAUCAGAAACCUUUCUCUUGAGUAGCACAUGACUAUGCAGCAGCAACCGAUCUCAAUAACUGUGUGACAAGAAGUUCAGGAUGGUAAAAUCUGUGAAGAGUUCGUUCAGAGGAAAGAAAUACACAACACACAAUUUGUAAAGAGAUUAUUCAAAGAAAAGAAAUACACGAUACAUCACACUUUUGUAAUUAGGCUGCAUAAGGGAUUUUAGUUUUUAGAAUAUGAAGCUUUUUUUUCCCUCUUACACGCCCUCUGUCGCACAAGAUGAUGAAUGAAUGUGCCUCCUAGCAUUGAGAAGCUUUAAGUUUCCA